UGAGGGCUCUGUGUGGGUGGUGCCGUCUUAUCAGCUGAUACCAUUUCGGUCCUCCGUCCUAUGUAUUGUGCGUCAUGGCUGCAGUUGAAGGCGAACAGACGUUUCAGCUUUCAGAAUCUUACGUGAAAGCGCGUAACGAUUAUUUUCAUCGGGUUAUCAAAUGGUUCUACAAAGAUCAGACGUUGUCUGAGAUAUCAGAGCCAGAGAUUCGAUCUCCGGACUUCGCAUUUCUGGUGUGUUUACUUCAGGCAAUUGGUUUCGACUUGCACAGAAUCGAGAUGGUUCCUGCUGGUUCCCCUAUUAAAAUGGGCCAGGGGUCGGUACUUGCCUUGUGCAGUAUCAACAUAAAGUGUGAACGGUCUGGCCUGCAAGCGGUCUUGAGGUCAAGGUCAGACUCUGAAGCAACCUCCACCACAAACAGUGACACUCCUGUGAAACAGGAAAAUAUUGAAGGGACUUGCACGAUGGCUGGUUCCCUCUUGCCGCCUGUAACACCAGGAAAAUCCAGGGUUACACGGGAAAUUAUCUCCCAACUAAUGUCGCUAUUUUCCGGAGAGGAACGGACAGGAUACAGGGCACCAGAAGGUUGCACCAGCUGGACGUGUCCUCGUACGAAGCAACGUCCUGAGAUAACGCAGUGUGAACGCCGUGCAUCCCUCGAUACUUUCUUCCCAGUCGACUCUUCCGCCAAGGGUCAACAUUCAGGGUUGAACUUGGAUACGGGAGAAAUCGCGGCUACUAUGGCUGGAUCUAAUGAGGCGCUUUAUUCGUGUCCAGGGAGUCCGUUACUGGGUGGGAACUCGGUACCACAACUCGUUCGUCAGAAGACGUGGAGUAUUGGCAGUAUCCAGGAACUCGACAAUGCUCCAGCUUCUAUUUCGACACCGCCUCUUACGUCCAGUCCCCUGCAGUCACAACAACAAGUAGCUCAGAACUUGGAGAACCUCAGUUUGAACACCAAGGAUCCGGCUGUAGUGGACCGUCUUCGUGAGGCUUGCGCUAAGAUACACGAGGCACUGUCGAUACUGAACUCUACGAAGGAAAACAUGCCAGGAGUCAGUUCACCUCUUCCGACAAAAGUAAAUUCAAAGCCAUUUGAAGGUGGUAAAAAAAUUCCCUCCAGCAAGAUUUCGAAACCCACUCCGAGUUCCACUGCUGGGAAUUCGGGCCUGCGACCCGCCCAGCGUCCUGGAACAUUCAAAAGGCAGCGGUCCCCCGCGCGUGGAACAAAAUCCGUGGUCACCCCUAAACCAGCAAAACGUUGUGGCACAAUUUCUACUCCGCCUGGAAAAUUAUCUACACCUACAAAUACACAAGAUAAUGAAAUAAGGUCUGGAAGUUUCAUAAACAUGUCCGACCCAACAACAGGGAGCCCAAAAUUGUUUCUGCAUGCUUCAAACUCCGCGCCAGGCCGACAAAAUCGUGCAAAUAGCCCACCAGUAGGAGACAACCAAAGAUCAGGUACCCUCGGAAGGUCAUCGUCUUCCUUACAAACAUCACACAGCGCCUCGAAUUUGUCAAACGCGUUCAUUACACCGGGUCUUCGUAGGAUGCUUACUGGAAAAGGUUCCGGCAAUGCCGGAAGUACGCCCUGCACCGGAGUUGCACCUAACGCCCUCAACACUCCUCCUGUUUUACGCACAUCCAGUGCAUCAAGUUCCGGAUCGAAGUCGGUGCUGAGACCCAGUCUUCUCAAAACUCCUUCCAUAAUAAGCAGAUUCAAGAAAUAAUCCGUACGAUUAAAAUGAAUCAAAAUUCUUAUCUCUGUAGAUAUUAUUGUGAAAAUAGCAGCUGAAGGCUUCGAUAAAUCGAUUUAGAUCAUGUCAAUUUAUCUAAUUUAAGAUGUUUAAGGAACUUUGUAUUUGUCAGAAUUCGUGAAUAAGAAAUAUAAAUUACAAAUUACUUCUUUAAAAUAUUAAAAAUGUGGGCUAUUUAACUUAAUGAUCUUCGUGUUACAAUUAACGUGUAAUUUUGAAUAAAGACACCAGUAACUUUAAUUUCUGCAGCGCGGAUUUGACAAGGUUUAAUAUUUUUAGUCUUAAUGAUGUACAAAGUAAGUUCAAAGUGAAAAACAAUAAAUUAAGUCGUAAGCAAUUAUUCGGAACACGUGUGUCUAGAAUUACCAAUCAAUAACGCAAAGACCUUACGUAUAGUGUAACAGCCCAAAUUUUUUCUGAGUAAACUACUUAAAUAUGUAGCAAUCUUAACGUGAAAAGGAUAUAUGUGUUUAUAUGGUUAAAAUAUGAAAUAAAAAUUCGUAAUUGAUAA